GCCGUUUCCCCCGCUCCCUCCCCCCGUUGAGCUUUUCUCAUUGUUCGUCUGUCGGUGCUAGUAGCCAUGUUCUCUCAGCUUACUCGUGUGUGCCUGGUCCUGGUCUCGACCUCCGUGCUUAUUGCGGCCACCUCCGGCUCCUGCCCCGCGGGCUCGUUCUCGACGAGCGGCAAGGCGCCCUGCACGCAAUGCAAGCCGGGCACCUUCCAGCCUGAUGCGGGCCAGACGUCGUGCCGCACCGCGCAGGCGGGCUGGUUCGCCUCUGGGUCCGGCGCAACCUUUCAGUCGAUCUGCCAGCAGGGAACGUUCAGCACUGGGGGUGCUGAGAAGUGCACGGCCUGCCCCGCGGGCUCGUACUGCAACGGGCAGGGCCAGACGAAGCCGCAGCUGUGCCCGACGGGACACUAUGCGCCCACCACGGGCACGGGCCAGCAGUGCCUCGAGUGCCCGAAGGGCACGUUCGUAAACUUUGAGGGCGCGACGGCGUGCUGCACGUGUUGUUCUGGAUUCUAUAACGAUCAAACUUCUCAAGACCACUGCUUCGACUGCCCCGUCCGCGGCGCCUUCUCGCCCGCAGGCUCGACCUCCAAGGACCAGUGCGCCAACACCAGCGGCGGCGGCCUGACCACCUGUACCGCCUCCGGCAAGACCUGUCCGAACACGGGCGGCUCCUUCCCCUCCGGAUACAAGCGCGCACCGCGCGCCCUACCGCGCGAGUGCGCGCGCGGGCACCAGAGCUGCCCCAUCUACGGCGUGCGCGCGGGCGGGGCGGGGUACGUGCGGGGCCACGAGUGCGUGGACGUGCGGAGCGACCUGGAGAGCUGCGGCGGGUGCGUGGCGGACGACGCGCCCGCGAACGGGGAGCGCAGCGCAGGGGGUGGAAGGGACUGUAGUGCGAUCCCGCAUGUGGAUAGCGUGACAUGCAGUGCGGGCGCGUGUGUCAUCGGACGGUGCGAGCAGGGCUUCUCGGUCUCGGCGGACGGGUCGCGGUGCGUGCGGUCUUUGAGCGUGCAGGCUGCGUACUACCGUCGCCGGACGGGCAUGUGAACGCAUCCUUGCUGCCGCCAAAACGGAGGUGUAGUGGACGGUGGUGGGGUCAAACGUAUGUUCAAGUUUUCGCGUUGCCGUUGAAGCUGUGGGGUGGGGCGUGGCUGGGAACGAAAUAGCGACCGGGCAUGUGUAUCCGUACUGAAUUAGUGUGCUGCAUGUACUUAACGCCGCGUGUAUGUUGUCUUCGACCACGAUACUUGUGACAAGCUGGGCUUUCUGAGAGCAGUGC